AUGUACCGUAGAAUAAUAUUUGAUAACGAAAACGCGAUUGAUGACGAAGUUAUUGCAAUGCAACGGCGACCUAAAACUUUUUUACGAGAGGCAACGUUUAAUACAAUAUUGAGAUCAAUAGAAAAUGAAAUAUCUCCUCCUUCUACCAGGAACAGAGCAAUAUUACCUCCAAGUAAAUUGUAUAUGAUGCUGAGGUACCUCGCUACAUUUUCGUUUUUGUUGUGUGUUGCUGACUUCACUGGAGUCAGUGAAUCCUCAGCGUGUCGAUACGUACACCAAGUCUGCAGAGCCAUAGCGAGACAAAGGCCAAAUUUCAUUUCAUUCCCAUCUAAUGAGAUUGAUAGAAAUAGGGUAGUCAAUGGAUUUUACAGCCACAGUAGAUUUCCUAGAGUGAUAGGAGCUGUGGAUUGCACCCACAUAAAAAUUCAGUCACCAGGUGGAGAUAAUGCAGAAGUAUUUAGAAACCGGAAAGGUUGGUUUUCUAUCAAUACCCAAUGCAUUUGCAAUCCAUGGCUCAAAAUUAUGGACAUAGUGGCGCGAUGGCCAGGAUCAAGCCACGAUCAAAUAAUUUUUGACAACUCUAAUAUCAAACACAAAUUUGAAACAGGAGUCAUAAAAGGCUACCUUUUAGGUGACGGUGGCUAUGAAGUUAAGCCCUACCUUAUGACUCCUCUGCUAAACCCUACCACACGAAGCCAGCAAUUAUAUAAUGAGAGCCAUAUUAGGACAAGAAAUGUAAUAGAAAGAUGUUUUGGUGUUAUGAAACGGAGAUUCCCUGUACUCAGUAAAGGUUUAACAGUAAACUUGAAUAACACACAAGCCAUUAUAGUUGCAUGUGCUGUUCUCCAUAACAUAUGUGUUGAUAUGCAUGAUGAACUUCCAGACGAUGAGCUGAUGGAAAACAAUUUUAUUAAUGAUGUUAAUGAAAAUCACAUUGAUAAUUUGGUAGGAACAAGAGGAAAGCAAGAGAGAGAUAGGCUGAUCAAUGAUCACUUUGCAAAUUUACUAUAA